AUGAAAUUCAACUUUACUACCUUGUUUUCGAUCUUUCUCGCUGCUAGCGUAUUGGCAGUUCCAACCCCAAUAGAAAACGAUAAUGAAAUAGUACAUGAAGAUAAGCGUGAACCUGGGCAUGAAGGACAUGGGCAUCGCGAAGAUGAAGAUUGGUGGAAGAGAGAUCCUGGACACGAAGGUCAUUAUAGAUAUGAAAAUGGGCAUCACGAAGAUAAAGAUUGGCGUAAGAGAGUUCCUGGACACGAAGAUCCUUAUAGAUAUGAAAAUGGGCAUCACGAAGAUAAAGAUUGGC